CCUGCCAUGAGGGACAUGGAACCCAAGGACCAGCAGCUCACGGUAGCACUUCGGAUCCGCCCGCUCAAUGACACAGAACAGGAGGAGGGAGCCACCGUCAUCGCCCACAAAGUGGGUGACCAGAUGGUGGUGCUCAUGGACCCGGGCGAGGACCCCGAGGACACGCUGCGCACACACCGGUCCCGGGAGAAGACCUUCAUCUUUGACACUGUCUUCGACCAGCACGCGUCGCAGGGGGGCGUGUAUCGCGCCACCACCCAGCGCCUGGUGGACGGCGUCGUCUCCGGAUACAACGCAACGGUGUUUGCCUACGGCCCCUCAGGGGCCGGGAAGACCUACACGAUGCUGGGCAUGGAGGCGGAGCCCGGCAUCUACCUGCAGACCCUCAGCGACCUCUUCCGGGCCAUCGAGCAGACCCGGGGCAGCAUGGACUCCAGCGUGUCCAUGUCUUACCUGGAGGUCUACAACGAGGUGAUCCGGGACCUGCUGAGCCCGUCCUCGGGGCCCCUGGACCUGAGGGAGGACGCCAGGGGCAGCAUCCAGGUCGCGGGCAUCACGGAGGUCUCCACCUCGAAUGCCCAGGAGAUCAUGCAGCUCCUCACCAGGGGCAACCGGCAGCGCACGCAGGAGCCCACGGCCGCCAACAGGACGUCCUCGCGCUCCCACGCGGUGCUGCAGGUCACCGUGCGCCAGCAGGGCCGCGGCCACCACCUGGCGGAGGGCGUGCGCGUCGGGAGGCUGUUCCUGGUGGACCUGGCGGGCUCGGAGCGGGCAUCCCAGACCCAGAACCGAGGCAAAAGGAUGCAGGAGGGCGCGCACAUCAACCGCUCGCUGCUGGCGCUGGGCAACUGCAUCAACGCGCUCAGUGAGAGGGGCGGCGGCCGCACGCAGUACGUGAACUUCAGGGACAGCAAGCUCACACGCCUGCUCAAGGACGCGCUGGGAGGGAACAGCCGGACGGUGAUGAUCGCCCACAUCAGCCCCGCCAGCACGUCCUUCGAGGAGUCGAGGAGCACCCUGCUGUACGCGGACAGAGCCAAGAACAUCAAGACCCGGGUCAAACGCAACCUGCUGACCGUGUCCUACCACCUCGACCAGGACACGGAUGUCAUCUCCGACCUGCGCAGGCAGAUCGCCCACCUCAAGUCCAAAAUCGAGAGGCAGGAGCGGAGGGGAAGCGAGCCUGGGCUCCGGGACGCACAAGUCGCGAUGCCCGCCCAGGACCCGCCCAGGACCCAGGAGGAGGACAGCCGCCUGCAGAUGAGCGAGACCCGGGCCCAGCUCGCGGGGGCCUUGCAGACGCCGCCGGAGAUGCAGCCCAGCCUGCUGGAGCUGGAGGAUGCCAACGUCGCGCUGCACGUCGACGUGUCCCGGCACCUGCUGGCCGUUGCAGACUGGGAGCAGGAGAAGACCCCCCACCGCGCCCAGGACGAGGCGCCCGAGAGGGACGAGCAGCAGGCGGUGGCCGAUGCAGCCGAGGACGAGGACGAGGGCGCGUCCGCAGCGCCUCACGAGGGGGCCCUGGCCGGAGAGGAGGUCUCCCUGCUGCUGGCCGCGCAGCGGAAAACCACGGCCCUCCAGGCGGAGCUGGAGCGGCGCCUGGCCAGCCCCCAGAGGAAGGCGGCGCAGGAGCUGGAGGCAGAGAACACGGCGCGGCAGGCCGGCCACCUGCGCGGGGCGCACCUGCUGGCACAGAGGGACCUGCUCAUCGGGCGCCUCCGCCAGCACCGGCUGCUGUGUGAGCGGAUCAUCCGGGACCAGCGGCAGCUCAUUCAGGACGCUGGCCUCCCCGUGCCCACGGCUCUGGACGAGCGCUACGGCCUGUACGCGCGGGCGCUGGGCGAGGGCUCGCUGGACCGCCUGCUGCUGCUGCACUCAGCCACGACCGCGGCCAGCUCCCUGCCGGAUGGCUCUCCACCCCCGGAGGAGGCCCGCGGAGACCAGGACGACGGGAAGGGCCCCCUGGGGGGCACCCCUUUUGAGCUGCUGGAGACAGACAGCCACGGCUUCCGGGUACCGAAAGCCGCCCCCGCCCCGCCGCCCCGCCGCGCCCCGCUCACGCCGCCAGCGCACGAGGUGGGUGCGUGCGGGUCCCGGGGCCCAGCAGGUGCACUGGGCCAGGGCGAGCAGCAGGGAAGCUUCCGGAAGGAGGACUCUCUUUAUGCAGCCACCAAGAUGGCUCGGCCGAGCGCUCUGCGGGCAAAGCCCGGGGCCUCCAGGCUGAGCCCCCCGGCCGGCCCGGACCUCGAGGAGGUGGCCGCGAGCACCAAGAGCAUCGCCCUCGUCGCGGCCUCCCGGCGCUGCCAGGCCCAGGACCGCGAGGGCGGCAGCGGCCGCUCCUCCCUCCACCUCCCCGAGGAGCCGGCCCCGGACUCCAGGGACACGAGCCCCGCAGACAGGAGGCGGCCCCGCGCCAGCCCCGGCCGGGAGGGCUCCGUGGAGAGGAAGGCCCGGAUCCGGCGGUCCCCCCGCCUCAGCCGGGGCGCACGGCCGCCCCCCUCCCCGGAGCAUUUGGCUGAGAGCCAGGCGCCCCUUGCACCCCAUCAGCCGUCAAAGUCCUCGGGCCUCUUCCCUGCUGUCCCCGCGGCCUCCAAGACGAAGCCCGGCCCCCACGCAGGGUCUGCAGACAGUGGAGGCCGAGGCCGCAGCCCGCCGCCCCGCAGCAGCCCUCGCAGGCCCCGGGGCCGCAGUGCCAAGGGCCCGAGAAGACCCCUGUGA